AGAGGAGAUAUGGAAUAAUCCUGCUUUUGAAACCAGUAUGCCCCGAAAUGAACAGAGUGAAGGGACCUAUAUAUCAGAUGUCAUUAUGCCUUUGCUUCGAGCCACCUUAAGCAAUUUGCCAAAUGGACAUAUUUGUUUAAGUACUGCUGAGCGUCAGAGCUUAGCAAUGUUAAGGAAAGCUGGUGGAAUAUCUAUAUUUAGAGAGUUCACCGCAUGUAGACCUACCAGCAACCAGUUUGGUGUGGUUGGAGUCCAGGUGGCCGGUAAAAAGAUAUCUUUAAAUGUCCUGAUAAAUGACGCGAGUGGAAUCCCAAGAUAUUUUCAUGUAGAUCAUGCAAAAAUUCCACUAACUUCUGACGUAUCAUGGCGGCAGGCUAUUUCACACCUGCCUCGUAAUGUUCACCCAAGUCCCGCUGUCUCUUCACCACGUAGGGAGGAAUCAGGACAAAAAAGACGUAGACAAAAUAAAACUGAGAUAAGUGCAUUAUCUAAAAAGGUUUCAUCAGAAGAUAUAAUAAAUAAGAAAGAUGAAUCUUUACCUGAGGAAGCUAA